AUGGACAGUGAAAAGAACUCUCCAUUGGAAUACCAAGAAACAAUGAAUGAUCUUGGAGAGGAUAUUGAGGAUAUGGAAGCCCAGAGCAUAAAUCAUGGCGAGGCCAAGAUGAGUGUGGACAUAAAAUCAGGAAAAGGUGACAAGGGAGGAGAGGAAGUUGACGUGGCAGAUGCAGAAAACGUAGAAAGUAAUGCAGAUAACGCCCUGUACAUUUACUCAACAGACAGUGCCAAAAAUAUACUAAAGGAAAAUUUAGAAGAUUACUUGAAGCAACUAGAUUUCUACAAAAGCAACCCCAAGUGUAAAAUAGAUCCAGCAAUUUAUAUGGAAGGAACAGAGGAGGUGGAAAAUUAUGUCGUGAAGGAAAAAAUACUUAUAACAACAUACUAUCAGUACAUAGAUAUGUACGAAAGCUCCAUCGAUGUAGAAGAAGAUUUGGAAAGGGAAGAAAUUGUGUAUGUAGAAGUUCCAAAGUACAUAAUUAAAUAUAACCCUAAGGUAAUAACAAAUUACAUAGAGAAGACGAUUGAAGUACCUAGUGGAGAGGAGAUAAAGAGACCUGUAUACAAGAAGCUGAAUGUUCCUUAUGUGGUUCCACAUGUCGUAGAAAACGAAACACAGGUUGUGUUAAAGAAAAUUGUACAACCAGAGAUUCAUACGUCGAAUGAAGAGAUAGAAGUUGAAGUGCAAAAAUAUGUUCCCCGUUUAGUUCCAGUCAAUGUCUAUGUUCCACGGUACUUUGGGUUAUCUGCAAAGACAACAGAUGAAGUAGAGGAAUCUGUCCAUUAUGCUGACCUCACCCAGGAACAAACAGACUACCUCAUGAAAGAAUUAAAUCCUCAUUUGGAUGAUCUAAAGAAAUUCAAUGAGGAACAACUGGAACGGAUGAAUGAAUACAUUCGAGAAUCUGCACAACAGGCCGAAAGCCAUGACUUGAAUCCUCCAAAACCAGAACUCGUGUCGUACGACUUGGAUGGAAGCAUCCAAACCCUUGAUUACAGCGACUUCACCCAGUUUAAGGAGAUUUGCCAGAGGGAGUUGACUUGUUAG